CGCUUCUGCUUUAAGGAAAGUUUUUUAUUUCGUUGUAAAGUACCUAGAGCAUCUAACAAUUUCAUCAUUUUUACGACUUGCGACGUAAAUUUCAAAUGAGCGAGCCUGUACUUCCCAAAAUUAAAAGACGAUAAUGGCGGCGUCAGGGGGAACCCCCUCUACUGGCGUGGCCAACCACCGCGAUCUAGCGUGCGUAGGUAUGCAACGCACAACUCAGUCGGAAAGAGAGUUUUCGGGGGCAAGCCUGUGCAGUGACGUCAUUAAUUCCACGCUGGCUGUCAUGGCUUUCACAUCGAAGUGUGCGGUGUAACAUAUUGGAAAAGAACAGUGUGUAUAUAUUGAAAGUUUUGCAAUUAAGUGUCGGCAAAGUGCAAUUUCGGUGAUACCUAAGAAUAUGCAAAAUGUUUAACCCGGAGCAGUUUUCCCAGUUUUUCAAACCCGACGAUGGGCGGUACAAUGAAAUGGAGAAUGUGGAUGCUAUGCUAAAUUACGAAAACAACGAAUUUAUGACCUCGGAUUUUUUCGAUACCAUUAGGUCUGUGGAAAACGGGAUUCAGGAUGACUUCCUCAACAGCCCCACUGAUGAUUUUAACACCUUAAGCGAUGCAAGCUCCAACACUGAUGGAUACGUUUCGCCCAGAAACGAUAUCUCUGAAAGCGAAAGGAGCAGCAUCUUCACUGAUGAAUCUGUUUCGCCUCUGAGGACUGUGGACGCUAUUGACGAUUCAUUGUUUGACUUUUUGCAACCAACUCAAGAGAAGGUUGAGGUGGAAACGGUCCCCGUUAUCAUUAAUCAACCGAAAACAAGAACAAAAAUAAUAAUCCAGAACCCCGCCAAUAACAAAUCUAUCAAUAAACAACUAAUAAAUACACCAAUAAAAAAAAUUGGAAAGAAGCAGAUAUUGAAAGUACAGUCAUUGACAACCAAUGGCAAGCCAGUAAUACUCCCAUAUGGCUUAAAAAGCAUCAAGAUACUUAACGCUAGUGAAUUAAAAACCGACCGAAUCCAUGUUGCAACGUUCCCGACUAACACCGUCAGACGCAAAGUUGAACCGACCAGAAUUAAAGAAGAGGUAGAGUUGACCACACACCGUCCUGGAGAACUGACUGAGGUGAAGCUAACGCCUGAAGAGAAGCGUCUUUUGGAGAAAGAAGGGAUUCAGCUACCUGCCUACCACCCCCUGACCAAAUUGGAAGACAGGGAAUUGAAACGUAUCAGAAGGAAAAUCCGCAACAAGAUCUCCGCUCAAGAUUCCCGCAAGCGUAAAAAGGAGUACGUUGACGGGCUCGAAGAGAAGGUCAGACGGGGCUCAGAAGAGAACAGGAACUUGAUGCAACGUGUCAGAGAAUUACAAAAGAAAAACAAAACGCUGAUGGCACACAUCCACAAGCUCCAGUCGCUGAUCUUCAACUCGACAUCAUCGAAAGCCACGCCUUCGACCUGCCUCAUGAUCGUGAUGUUGUCGGUCCUGUUGGUCUCUCUCCCUAAUAUACGUCUAUCGCAGAUGAACAACGAGCUGGCGACGGAGCAAGAGCAAGUCACCAUCAGCAGAUCUCUUCUGUCUACUAAGAAAGGCGAAGACGAUGGGUUGAACAUGGAGGAGUUCUUCGUUUUCAACAAGGAUGAGGAGGGUGUCGACAAUGAAAACAACACCGAGAACGAGUUCUUCAAGUCGAUUGAAGAAAUGGAAAGCAAGUACGAAAACAUGAACUUCGAGAAGGAUAACUCGGACGAUAACUUCUUCAACUCGCUGGUACGAAACAUAAAAAAUCUGUUCAACAAAGACGAGCUCGGAUUCUACAAUAAGAACGGGUUUAUUGAACCAGACAUUGACGAUUUUGAUUCUGGGACAAUAAACCCAGAACCACCCGCCAAAAAGAUGAAACUGGCCGAUGAGCACUACCAUCAAAAUGACGAGAAUUUCGUUCCCCUGGCCAAAGUCAUCACUACUGUGCAUGCUGUGGGCGAAAGCAAGGAUAAAUAAAAUUUGUCUUCUGUGCUUCUUAUAUAUUCUUAUAAUAGUUUGGUUCUUUUACACUUUGCAGUUUGUGUCUUUUAAAAUGAUUUCACCGAGUCAUAUAGCUUGAAGUUUUUAGUUUUAUAGCGUGAUAGUUCCUUGUCCUUUUUUAUCUAUGUGUUACUUGGUAAGAAAGUUAUUUCAUAAUGGAAAGAGUUUGCAUUCCAAUAUAUUGAUUACCCGAAAGUUAUGUAUAUUUUUUCAAGUCUUUGGCAGAGUUCAGAUUGAAAAUAGACUGUGAAUUUAACUAUGAGAUUGUUAUUGUAUUUAUUCAGUUGUAAGUUUUUUUCAGACAGAUUUAUACAAAUAGGGUUCUUAGUCAAAUCCUGUUGUGGACGUUAUUAAAAUGAUUUAUGUAAUGUGUGUAUUGAGCGGCUUAAAUACAACCAUUGAGUUUCUUAAAUAUAUAUUAUAUGUACUAAACUGAAUGAUAACUAAGCCUAAAAUAUGUUUUGUUGCGCAGUUACACUGCUUUUCGAAAUUCUGUUAACUCUAAGAAAAUUACAGUGGUAUUGUACCUAUCCUUGUUAAAAUCUAACAUAAAUUAUUUUGUACGUACUUGUAAAAAAUAAAUAUCUUUUAGUUAUGUAAUUCAGUUAAAAUAAAUAUUUCUAAUAAUUUA